UGGAGGUAGAUGGUUGAGAACAACCGGGUAAUUUCCAACCGUUUACGCGUGAAAAAACGACGACCGGGCAUCAUUACACCCCCCGCCGGUGAAGCAGUACCCUAAUUUCUAUCGGAAAGAGACGGAGAUAGUGCUCACUGGAUUUUGUAGCAAUUAUCCCGUCCGGCCGCGACGUUUUCGAUCGUAGCGCCUCUACGUCGAUUCGGACAACUACCCGGAGAGUGCUCACUGGAUUUUAUAGCAAUUUUUCGGUUGAAUCACAGUGCCGAAUUUGUACCUGCAUCGUUUCUUGCGAGGAUGUGUUAGUGAGGUGUUUCCAGAUAUAACGCUUCGUCCCGAUCCCGGCGCCAAGGUGGACCACAAACCGUUCACCACGCUCAACUUCACGGACUUGGGGUCCCCCUUCGGGGGACCCGGGGAAGAACCACCUGGAACACCUACAAUGGCCAAUGAAGCCCAUCUAGGACCUCCAACGCCUCACGACGGAGGUGCCUCGACUCCUGUCUCAAAAAGCGCGUUUAUUGAGUUACAACAACACGGUUACGGGCCUCUAAGAACGACGUACCAACAUCACUUUAACACGCCGACCGGUCAGGGACAUGGGGGAGGUCCAGGUGGGCACGAUACGGGAUUCCCGAGUCCCAGGGGAGCUCUGGGAGCUUAUCCGUUUCCGCCGAUGCACCAGAACUCAUACGCGGGGUACCACUUGGGGUCGUACGCUUCGAACUGUCCGCCAUCGCCAAAAGAUGAUGAAAAAUGUCUGUCUUUGGAGAGGCCUACGGGGGGCAAAGGCAAGAAAAUGCGCAAACCUCGUACCAUUUACUCCAGUCUUCAAUUGCAACAAUUGAACAGGAGGUUCCAAAGAACGCAGUACCUAGCAUUACCGGAACGGGCCGAGUUGGCGGCCAGCUUAGGGCUCACUCAGACACAGGUGAAAAUAUGGUUCCAGAACCGACGGAGCAAGUACAAAAAAAUGAUGAAGGCAGCUCAGGUUACGGGAGGUCCCAACAACAACGGCAAUGGUGCAGCUCACGCCGGAUUAUUGGGGGGCAACGGUACCAUGGCCCCCUCAAGUCCCGGACAGCAGAGCCAGAAUAUGAUGCAAGGUAGGAUUAAAUUGGAAGGCGGCGGCGGUUCGUCGAGCGGCUCCCCCGCUACAGGGGGCUACAUGCAGCACCCUAGUCCCGCACCCAGCUCCACGCCCGGCUCGGACGUGUCCGGCCAGCCGGGAGCCCCCAGUCCGGGUGCCUGGGGGGACGUCAAGCCUCAGCAACAGCAAGGAGGAGGCGGAGGAGUGCAGGGAGGCCAGGCGCUGCACGCGCAUCCUCCUCCGCAUCCUGCCGCGGCGCAUCCGGCGGCGCAUCAUCCCCCUCAUCCGCACAACUACCUCCCGCAGUACAGCUGGUAUCCUACGGAUAAUCCUGGACUAUUAACGGUAUGGCCAGCCGUUUAAUACAUGCCCCCCCACCCCCCUGUUAGUUCCCUAAAUUACAGAAGAAUAAAAAAACUCA